CCCCAGCUCUUUGGUAUUGAGUUUGUUGACAGUCCAAGCCUGGCAACGUUGGUUGCCAAUAUGAAGGUGUUUAACAAGCCUGGCGUGGAUCUGAGUAACGGGUUGGAGGACGUUCCUGUGUUGUGUGAGGACCCAACAUUUCCUUCUUUCCAGUACUGCCCGGACAACGUUCAGGGGCCAGGAUGCGACGUGGACCCCAGUGAGGUCUCCCUCCCGGGGUGCUCCUGCCUGUCCCGGCCCUGCCGCCCGGACGCUUGCCCCUGCCUGCAGGCGUCCGGCGGGGCCUACGACGGCUCGGGCACGCUGCUGCUGCUCCUCUUGGGCGGGGCCGACUCCGGCUACAGCCCGCCGGUUUUCGAGUGCAACGCCCUCUGCGCCUGCGGCGACGCCUGCUCCAACAGGGUGGUGCAGCGGGGGCUGCGGCUCCGGCUGGAGGUCCUCCGCACGCCGGACAGGGGCUGGGGGGUCCGGACCCUGGAGCCCGUCCGGCGGGGGGCGUUCGUGUGCGAGUACGCGGGCGAGGUGAUCGGCCCGGACGAGGCCCGGCGCCGACAGCGGGCCCAGAGAGCCCAGGACAGCAAUUACAUCAUCGCCGUGCGGGAGCACGCCGGCGCGGGCCCCGUGGCCGAGACGUUCGUGGACCCGGCCCGGGCGGGAAACGUGGGCCGCUUUCUCAACCACUCGUGCCGGCCCAACCUGGUCAUGGUGCCGGUGCGCGUGCACUCCGUCACGCCCAGGCUGGCGCUGUUCGCCGAGCGGGACGUGGACACCGGCGAGGAGCUGACGUUCGACUACUCGGGAGCACACGGUAACCGGGGACCCGCCCAGCCGCCCAACACGCAGAACACAAACUCCCCCCAGAGGAAAGCCUGCCACUGCGGCGCCGACACCUGCACCCGAUUCCUACCUCUGGAUCUGUCUAUCCUAGGCUGACUUUUUCGAGAUAAGCUUCUAGAUUUGGUUAAGCGCCUUCUGCUUGCAAAUUUUCACCUCUCCCAGAUCUCUCUUUUGAUAGCCAUGAGUCUAUUUUCACUGAGGCUUUGGGUCAACUCAGCCGCUCAUUAAGACCAGGCCACGCUCAACACACUGUACGAACACAAUCAGCCGGAUGAGUCACAACCGCAUUCAUCCAUUUCCUGCGUUGUCCCCGUGAUCUUCCCCUGACUCCCCCUCGGUGUGAAAAGAUGCGAUGAAAACACAAAUAGGAGGUUUUAUUUAUCUCAGCGUGCACGCUGGUGACAUUCCUGUCUGUUUAUCUGUAUUCAUCCAUUCAGUUUUUCUUGUCUCAUCUAUUGCAAGCGCAGAAGUCCAGUUUUUGUCACCACACCUGAAUGCGCCACGGUGAUAAAUGGGGUUUCUUUCAGCAGCACAGCACAAGAGAACAUACGUGUCCCUGAUCAGAAAGAAGAACUCACAUAUUUAGUAGUAACUAUAUGCUUCCACCAUAAUAACAUGUAUUUGUUGUUGUCACGUGAUAAGCGCCUUUCUUGUAGAUAUUCUCAGCUUGUCAUGGUGCUCUCACCUCAAGAGAGGUGCAGUCCAAUUAAAAUAGGCCGCGGGGCAUAGUUUUUAUAGAAAGCCACUGUAUUCCCCUGUCAGAGGAGGAGCGAAGGUGGCCCACUUUAGCGUGACCAUUCUGAAAUCAGGCCUCUCUCUAUUCAACCUGCCCCAUUUCCAGUCUAGACCCGCUUUCUUCUUAUUAAUAUCCACAUCUGGGUUAAUUAGGAUGGAGACCCAUGUUUCAUCCAGAAAUGAGACCAGUGCUGCAGCCACACCGGAGCAGAGAAGGACUCAGUGGUGGAGGGGACGGGAACCUUCUGCUGAUCGGAGACCGCUGUCAAGCCGAUUGGUCUUUGUGUCAGUCAGCGGAGAGGAGUCUGUCGAAUCGGCCCCCAUCCUGUCCCCUGGAAGCUUUACCUGAGGUUUCUUUUUGUCCACAAAGGGGUUUUUCUCUGCACUCGGUCUGACGCACAUUCAGAAAUUGAAUAUUAAACUUAAAGGGACGGACGGUUUUCAAGGCCUAAAUGAGAAGAUGAAUAUCUGUUCAUGUGUUCUCUGAAUUACACUAAGCCCACUAAUAAAAUCAGGAAUACUUUGAAUUCAUGUGUAGAAAAUGUAGUUGGAUGAAGGUGACCUUUAUAGAAAAGUUGUAUGGAGAUGAUUGAGAAUAUAUUUAUAUAUAUAUGGUGUUGUUAUUUUCCCAGCACAUUUCGCUGUCCUCAGCCUUUUUGGACAGUUGUGCCUUGUGAAAAAUUUGAUUCAACAGUGCAGAUUUAUCAUGACUCAUGUCAUUUUUGAGUCAGAUGUCCCUGGAAUCCCCAUGGCAACCGGCCCUGUGUACGGCGGGUGAUUUACUCAGCACACAGCGCUGGUUUCUUCGGAAGUGCGCGAAGACUGAUCUCAGAUCCUGGCUGGUGAAGAGCAGCGCUGCCAACGGACGGCUUCGCUCCGGCGUUGUCACCUAGCAACCAGCAGUUAAUCACAUGAGGUGAACUUCCCACCAAAAUCCACACUCACCCCCCCUAACCAAAACACACACACACGCAAGACACGGAUAACAAAACAAACCAAGGAUGCACCGCAGCUCAUUGAGCCCGAUCUUUGAUUUUAAGACUGGAAAACAUCUUCAUUGUCACAUGAGCUGUGUUAUGUGUUUUUAGGGGGGCGGGGUUUACUUUGCAAGGUAGCUUAAGUCAAAGUGUUGUAAUGUGAUGUUUUCAUUUCAAGUUACUAAAGUAAUCCCCCCUUGCUUCUUGUCCUCAAGAUGUCUGUAGAAAUUGAAUUCACCGAAAGUUUUAAAAAAUCCUUAAAAGAAACAAAUUAAUGAAUGAGUUUACUGUGUGAGGAAGCCAUAAAUUCCGCAUGUCUCUACACAAACACAUGGAUGGAUUUUACAGUUAUAACUGUAUUUGAAAUUAAUACAUUUUACACAAAUACUGAGCUUUGUUUUUCCUUUUUUGAUGAUUGCAAGAAACUGAAAUGUUAAGGAAUAUUAAAAUUUCACAAAAAUCCAUCUGCAAUGAAGGAUUUUUAAAUUUUUUAUUGAAACUGCUGUCAUGAAAAUGCAAUAAUGUUCAUUCACUGACCGAGGUCCAGCUGAAAACCCCCCCUCCUGUUUUCCUCUCCUAUGCACUUUAACCUGACCUUGUUGGGAAACGGCAUUGUUCAAGUUAAGAUCGUUCAAAGAAAGGUGUAAAGAAAAAGGCAGCUGCGCUGAAUCUGGUCACACUUAAAGUGAGCUGUGAUGUGAGCCAGCGUCAGUCGGUCGGCAGUGGUUUUAAAACACUCUCCAAAAACCUAAUUGGGCACUUUGUGGUCUUUUUGUGUUGUUUCAGUGAUUUUCUUUUUUCUCCCUGACCUUAAUUUUUGCCUCAACUCGACAACAAACUGAGUUGCCAGUCUUCCUUUAUGAUAAGUGGACCUUUUUUUGAAGAAAAUAAAUUAAACACA